AUGCCCAAAGACGACAGCCCUCCAACGUAUGAAGACGCUGUGGCUCAGCCUAAAGAUGCCAACCUCCCAGAAUCCAUGCAGCGGGACGGGCCACUCCCUCCUCCACCCUCCUACACCCCUGGCCCUCACAUCAGCUGGGGCCAAACAGGGGAUUACCCACCUCCUGGAAUGUGGAUGGGCCCUGGCUUUGGUCCAUCUGGGGCAAUUCCCACACUGUCUGGUGGAGUGCCAUCCUCCGCCUCAGGAGAAAUAGAUGAUUUUCUGAGUAACCAGUUUGAGAGCACUUCAGUCAGACAUGCAUUUAUCAGAAAGGUUUAUCUAAUAUUGUCAGUGCAACUUUCCAUCACAUUUUCAGUCGUGGCCGUUUUUACAUUUGUUGAACCAGUGAAGCAGUUUGUCAUAAACUACCCUGCCGUCUACUAUGCUUCUCUCUAUUACGAGACCAAAGCAGUGUUCAUCGCCAUGGUGGACUUCACCUCCUGCGGUGGCCUCCUCUGUAUUUCAGCCGUUCUGCUCACCAUCCUAGGGAUCGUUACCGCUGUCGUUCUAACAUUUCAAUAUAUUCAUUGGCUGCACAUGCUCUAUGCUGCAAUCGGAGCCAUAGUUUACACUCUGUUUUUGGUGUACAACACACAGCUUUUGAUUGGGAACCGGGAGCACGCCAUAAGCCCAGAGGAGUACGUCUACGGAGCGCUGUCCCUUUACAUCGACGUGGUCAACAUUUUCCUCUUUAUCCUUCAAAUCAGUGGAGCGGCCACCGAUUGA